AUUGUAUGCUGUUGCCAUGGCUCAUUUAUCUGGGUCUAUCCCUUCUUAUUCUUUUCUUCUCUUCCUUCCUUCUCUCUCUCUCUCUCCAUCUCUCACGAUCCAUUCCCUGUCCCUCCCCAUUCACAUCCCUCUCAUCACCUCCGUCCCUCCUCCAUUCCGCAUUCCCCCACGACUACAACAGUUACUGUCCUCAGACUUACACAUCUCAUACUUCAUCAUGCGUUCCACCUCUUCCCUCGCUCUCCUUGUCGCCGUCCUGGUCGCCCUCGUCGCCACUGUCUCAGCCCAGCAGCCCGAGACAGCCUUGCCCUGCUACCAGGAAAAGUGCACUCCUCUGAUCAACGUCCUCAAGGAUUGUCAGAUCACCGUCGAUCCCUCGACCGGUAACAUCAACUUCCCUGUGGCCUCCAACACCACCACAGAGACCGACAAGUGCAUCUGCAAGCAGUCCGUUGUCGAUGCUUAUGAUCCUUGCUACACCUGCGGUGCCGAGAACUCGAAGAUCCAGGACCGCUUUUCAACCGUCAAGCUGGUCGAUUCCUGCAAUGCUAACUUUGGCGCCAGCACUGUCAAGUUGCCCGGCUCUUCUGCUGCGUCGUCGUCCAUCCACGCCGGAUCGCUUGUCCUAGCAGCUGCAUCCAUUGCCUUCUCUAUGGUCUUCCUUGCUUAAAAGCACCUAGUAAGGACUAACAAAGUAGCACCCAUCAUCUCCAGAAGGCGUAAUCCAUAAUAAAAGAAAAAAAGGCGAUAUUUAUUCCUUGAGGGAAGCGUCU